AUGUUGAGCUCAACUCUCGCAGUCAAUUCUUCCAAUCCCGUCAUCCUUCAACCGUCCCUCCAUCACGAAGACCAAGAGGUUGAAGACGAGCGGGAACACACGCUGACACUGCGCCGGUCCGUCACUCCAGGUGCUGUCUCGAGCAUCGCGGCAGGCACCUCGCUUGCCGUUCCUUCAGGCUAUCGCGGAACCUCGGACGCGCAGUCGUCGACUUUCUCGCCAGAUAACAAGCGGACGGACGCCAGUGCCUACUACACGGCCGCCUGGGGGUCCCCCUACGCCACACCCAGCUCGAGGAGUAUCUCCUGGCAGCUGAGGAGCAGACAGGGCGAUUUCGAGUCCGAACUCGAGACCUCGCCCUUCUCCAUACGCACCACCGCUCGCGGAGAGGAGGAGCUGUUGGAGUCUGCAAGCCAGACGGGUGCUGUUCCCUUUCCCGAACUGACCUCUACCCUGUUUGAGCGGGACCUGCAGGCCGAAAGCAGCGUGAGCAGGCAUCGUGGCAAGUCCAUCAAGGAUUUCACUCAGGAUUGGAUCAACCAGUAUCUGACGGGGAAACCUCGCUCAGAGCGGACGAAUUGGCUGAGUGACGACUCGGGAGACAGUGACGUCGGCUCCUUUCUCACUGCAUAUCAGCAGCGCGUUGACGAGUCAUCGGAAGGCUGGCUUGAUCUCGACGACAAGGAAGACCUCCUGAAGACGCCCACGUCUUCAACCCUGCUCAAGGGGAAGAAACCAGAGUACAGCUGGAAGUCCCGGCCUGCUCAUCUCAGGGCCAACCACGCUCCCAAAGCGAGCACAGCUACCUUGAAGCAAUCCGACUUUUGGGAUUUUGGUCAGGACCCCGAACCACCGUCCCGGUCCCUGUCCCGGUCUCGGUCUCAAUCCCGGUCUCAAUCGCAAUCUAGAUCUCAAUCCCUAUCCAAAUCUGAAUCCCAGUCUGAAUCGUGUGAGCAGGACUGUGCUUCGGUGACCAUGUCGAAUCUCGAGCCAUUGACCAUCCCGGAAAUGCAUCCGCCACCACAGCCGUAUACAUAUGUUUCACCCAUAGAUAAACCGCUCCCGCUGCCUCCAACGCCUGUAGAAGAUGCCUUGGACCAGCCUCUGCCCGGUGGACCGAAACAGACCAUUCGCACAGCACCGGCCUUUGUCCGACCAAAGAAGAAGGUCGCCUGGCGAGGAAAGCAAUGUAUCAUAGCACUUCCCCUGGAAGAUAACCGUGGAUCGGUUGAAGGAGGAGUACGGCUUCUAACGCCCGUUGAUAUGGAGCGUAUAUUAGACAAAUGGGAAGAACAAGGAUAUGAUGUUCGAGGAAGAGGCAGAGGGCAACCAGUCACCGUCGAACUACAGAGUCGCCAAACCCAUCCAGAUCCUGCCGACUCCCAAAAGGAACGUGAAGAGAAACACUACCAUGUCAGCUUCCCGGACCAGUCUGUUUGGGAAGAGUACGUCGAUUUCCUGAAAGAAGAGAAACUUCGCGCUCUAGGUGUUAGCUUGGGGGAUCCAGAGCCCAACCCGAUCAUGUCGCCAACACCAGGCGCCAUGAGCCGCAAUUCUUCCCAAAUGCCACUGCCACCAGGCCAUACUAUAUCUCCUCCUAUCCCUACCUCUUCUGCCGCAAGCAACCACCUCAACAUGAUGCAGAACCCAUUCUCUCCAGCUUUCAACCAAUCCACAAAGGCAACCUCAAAUAUAAGCUCUAUGAACUCGCCUGCCUCGCCCUUUGGGUUUCAUGCCGAAUCACCCUUCCAGCAGUUCCAACCUGUUCCGCAGAAUCUCUAUGGAAUACGGCCUAGCGGCAUGACUCCCUCUACCAUGGGUAACAUGCCAAAUCUCGGCUCAUUGCUGCAUUCUGUUUCUCCAAUGGCUGAUGAAACAAAGCAGUUCCAUGGCAUGUCUAGUAUGAUACAUUCGCAUUUCAACGGCCCUUACGCAGGCAGUGCGCCACAGAGCCGAAUGAACGAAUACGAAACUCACCUGCAGCAACAGCCCAUGGAUGAGCCAAACAUUGGAAUGGAAGGAGACUCGGAGACCAUUCGGUCAACCCAUUCUGGGCCUGAAAUAGCUCAUCCAACCCCUCGUGGUCAUCAACAUAAUGUAAGCGAGACUCUUCAAAAGGGCGUCGAAAGAGAUUAUCAACUCGAGAACACCGGACUCGAUGACGAGCAGAGGGUUGAGGAUAAUUUGAUGAAUUCUCGAUGGGCUGUGCCUGAACGGCCAUUCUUCCCACCUGAGCCCAUCAACCAGUCCAACCGCCUCCAACAACACAUCUUUGACGAGCAACAAGCCCACAAAGCCCACGUUGACGAGGCAUCUGAUCUGGACACCAACCCCAGCAUCAAAGACCCGCGCUCCCCUAUCGACGAUUAUCGUACCCACAAGGCAAAGCACAGCACUGGCUCAGCAUUCAUCCCAGGCCAUAAACCAACCUCUUCCAUUUCAAAACUCAACGUCGCUGCAAAAGAAUUCGACCCCUCUAUAUCUUCUUUCUCCCCCAACAACUUCUCAUUCAUGCCCGAUAAUACCUUCCAACCAAGCUUUAACAGCUUUCAACCUCGCCCGGCCUUCCCUCAGGAUAUGCCACAGAGUGUUUCCCACAGUGCACAUUCCAGCAGUUUCAACGUUGACGCACCAGCUUUCGCUCCGGUACAGAAAACCCAAGAACCAGUCUCAACUCCAAGUAACUUCAAAUUCUCCUCUGCCACCUUCAACGUUGCUGCCCCCGUCUUCAGCCCCAGCUCAAGCUUCAAUCUUCCAUCAACACAGAAGCCCUCGCCAUCAGGCCCUCGGACUAAAAUAUUCGACAACUUUGACCCUGCAGCAAUCAUUCCGCCAGCCAAGGCUUCCAAAGCCAUUCCCAUUGUGCGGCCAGGGGAUAACCAAAAUAACGACCAGCUUGAGGGUGAUGUAUCCGGUAGGUUUGGUGCUCAGGGUCGAGAAAAGCGUGUCCGUCGCGUUGAAAGCCAUGGUGGUGAAAAUAGUGACGCUCAUGAACUUAUGUUUACUAUGUCGCCUGCUGCCGCUGCCGAUUCCAAGCGUACAGCUAGCUUAAUUGAAGACAGCGAUGAUGUCCCCGUCGAGAUAGCCGAAAAUCGCAAGAGGACGGAAGAGGAGAUUAUUGAAACCAUUCUGUCUGCGCAAGACGAUGAUCCUGAGGAAUUAGAGGAAGGUGAAAUCCUCGAAGAUAACAUCGUGCCAUUUGAGUUCAAGAACUCAGAAGAUGCUGCUGCCUUUAAUGCCGCACGUCCUUCUGUUCUUGCAGAUGUGGGUAUUAACAGUGACCAGGAAAUAUCCGGAACCCAGCUAGAGCAGCCAGACGUUGCGAUAGAUGAAGACGGUGUUCUUGACCAGGAGGAACAAGACACGAUUGUUGAAGGUGAUGAUCAAGAAGAACAGGAGUCCGUAGCUGAGGAAGUACCUGUUCAACAUAAUGCCUCGGUAUUGAAACCCACUGCUAAACCAUUCGAGUUCGUACCCGCUCAGGCCCCAGUGCAAGUUAUAUCGCCAGUUGUAUCGCCAGUGCAGACUCCGGUUGCUCCUCCACCGAAGAAACAAGGUCUUUACGCCUCACGAUAUGCUGUAUCCGAGCCUGAUUCUCCUGGUCCUAUCCACAACCAGAGUGCCCUUACAGCUAGUCUCAAGGCCGCUGAGCAGCUUGAGCAGCCUGUCAUAAAGGGUGUCAACUCAUCAGAUGAAGAGGAAAUUGAUGCUGUUAUGAAACAGCUUAAUGACGGUGAUUCCAGCGUGGGUGUUGAGAGAUUUGAAUCUCCCCCACAACCCAUAUUCCAGGAUACCAUCAACAACACCGUUCCUCAACUGGCGCCAAGCCAACUCUCUCGCAGCAACGCACCUAGCCCCAGUGUACGGGACGAGUCCUUGGAGCAAGAGACUACCCAAAAACCGACAUAUGAGCAUAUUCAACCGCCAGCCACUCUCUUGGCGCAGCGCAACCCUACUAUGGACGUUCAAUCCCCUGUUCGUCAACUGAAUACUCAACCACAGGACCAUAUCAGUGACUGGGAUGAUGCAAUUUUAUCUGGCGAUGAUCUAGAACUCCGGCAGAGGGCACCAUUCUUUGAAACCCAUGUUAAAGAUAUAGUUCGAUCAUCAAUGGUGGACCACCUUGCUCCUAUUGAAAGAAGCUUGACAGUGAUUCAACAAUCUAUUUCUCAGAACUUGUUACAUAAGUCUCGUUCGGCAAUGGUGGAACACAGCGAUGCUGACGACGAGGAUGAUGAAGAAGAUGGCGGCUAUCUAUCACGUUCUCCUUGGAAUAAACGCGAUAAGCUCGCUGAGAGGAUCAAGAACAUCGUUUCAGAGGCACUUGCCGUACAUCACCAGCCUGCUGUGCAAGAGCCUGCGCCAAAGAUAGAUCUAUCUGAAGUAACGUCCACGCUCGCCGAUAUGAAAGCUGCCAUUGCUGUAGUUUCGCAACAGCAAGGCCAGACUGAUGGUAUUCGAGAUAUCAUUUCACAAAGUAUUUCGAAUCACCCUGCCCUCAAAGCGAAGGAGGUCGUUGAAGACAAGCCUGACCUGGCUCCGGAGAUGGAGAAACUCAAACUACAGGUCGAUGGACUUCAGAGUAUGCUGCGUCUGGCAGAUGAGCGUGCUGAGCGCGAAUACAAUGCCCGUCGAGCUGCCCAGGAUGCUCUUUCGAUAGCUCAAAAACAAACAGAGGCCGCUGAGAAGGAGGUUGCAACUGCACGGGAAGCCAAACUUGCUGCUGAGGAGGCCUUGGAGUUACUCAAGAGCCAACAUAUCCCUCAGAUUGAGAAGAGUCAACAGCAAUCUAAAGACCUCCAGGAGCAGCAGGAAAUGAUGCGCCUUACCCUUUCGGAGCUAUCGAACAAGAAUAUCGAUCUUCAAGGCACCUUGGAUGAAUACAGGGUAAAUGCCGACCAGGCCCAUGCCGAGAAGGAGAAGGCGGAAGAGGAGAAUAAAGAUCUUCGUCGUACCAUUGAGAUUCUCAAGAUUCAGACUGAAGAAGGUGUAGACGUCAAGCAGAAACUUCGCGAGAGGUUCGAGAAGCUGCAAGGAGAUAUGUCGAAACUUACUAAAGAGAUUGCCCUAGAGCAAGCUCAAUGGAGGAAAAAGGAAGUCGAGGCAAACAUCAAAUACAACACUCUCAAGGCUGAGUUUGAUCGUGAACAUAAGCAGCGACAGAAAUUGGAACUGCACAUCAGCGACCUUGAGCAAAAGGAGAUGGAAGCCACGAAGCUAAGAUAUAUCCUAGACCAAUCUCAAAACGAAAACGACAAGCUUGAGGCGCUAUUGAUGAACGUUCGACAGGAGAGCCAUGACCACCAGAGCAGAGCAGCUAGAUUUGAGCGUGAAGCGAAGGAGGCUAUUGAAAACAGCCACUUUGAAGCCGAGCGAGUGAGGGCACUGCUAGAAGCAGACCUCAAUGCUGCCAACCAUCAAGUGAACUUCGUUCGUACCGAACUCGAAGCUCAAAUUUCCAACGUACAGAAUCUGCUUGACAAGACUAAGAUGGAUUCGGACACUGCUAAGGCAAGAUAUGAACUCCUGCUUGCUGAAGCUAGAGACUCCAAACUAGCAGCACUCCACGACGCUGCUGAGUCUAAGGAAUUGGCUAUUCAAGACCAACGACGUCUGCACGAGCGUACCCUCAAUGAUCUUCGUGAACGACACGCUCGUGCUAUGCACAACACUUCUGAGGAUAGACAACGUGACGAAGCCCACUACAUGGAAGUAGUUGCUCUGCGUGAUGAAAAGAUCGAACAUCUUCAAGAGAAGAUAACUCAUCUUGAGGAGAAACUCGAGAUUGCCAAAUCUGCUGCCCGCGCCGCGGCAGAGGCUGCACAAACCGCCAAAGCUGUUCCUGCACCCCAGCCGCCAGUGCAAACUACCGCACCAUCAAUGACAUAUACUCAAGGAUCAGAAGUUCCUGAUAAGAUCUCACCACAAGCCUUACGCGAAUCAAUCAUGGUCUUGCAAGACCAGCUGCAACAGCGUGAGGGACGCAUUGAAGAACUCGAACUUGAGCUCUCUACCAUCGACAGGGAUGCUCCCGCCAAGAUCAAGGAAAAAGAGACUGAAAUAAACUGGUUACGUGAAUUACUCAGCGUCCGCCUUGACGACCUCAAGGAUCUCAUCAGAGCCGUAUCGCAGCCGUCCUUUGACCAACAUUCGGUCCGCGACGCUGCAAUCCGCCUCCGAGCGAACCUGCAGAUGCAACAGCAGGAAAAGGAGAGGGCUAUGUCAGGGGGUAAUCCUCAGUUCCCUAGCAUAGCUUCUCUCACUAGCCUUGCAUCUUCUCCUCGUGCACUGCCCCUGGCUGCGGCUGCAGCAUGGGGGAACUGGCGCAAGGGGAAUAACGGCAAUAACAACAACGCCCCUGCACCCACCGCAUCUUCCAGCAACAGUAGCAACAGUGGCGACCAGCUAACACCGUCGAAGCCGCCAAAGCCUGCGAUAUCAACGUCUCAAGGCUUUCUCUCUGGACUUAUGACGCCGCCAAGCUCUAACACACGUGAUCCACCAGUUGUGCCGCCUGCGCCGAUAGGACGGCGAACGUACUCUGAAAGUCGCCCACUGCGGGGACAAAAUCCGAGCAUCCGGAGGCUAUCUAGCCGCCAGCUAGACAAUAUUGUGCCCCCCACGACGCCGCCACUGCUGCGAAAUUCGAGUUAUGACCAUGAUGCUGAAACGAUGCAUUAUGCGGGCGGUUCAGCAGAUGACAAUGACAACGACAGCGUUAUCGGCGGGCUCAUUGGGCGAGAGCCAGGUGUCCGCUCUAUUGAAGGACCAUUUGGCCCUGAGAUUUAG